UUUGUCCUGUUUGACGCGCCGUAGUGACGUUACAGAUCUAUGGAGUGCCUUGAGAACGCGUGGUCGUUCAAAACAAACGGGUAGCUGCUAGGGUUUGUUUGAACCAUAGACAGUAAAAGAAACGGGGAAUAGGAACUGUGCUGCAACAGGACGGCACUUUAGAGCGGAUGGAUUUGAGCGAAGGAUCCGCGCUGGGCGUGUUCACCUGUGAGCUGUGCGAGCUGUCCAGCCCAUACAGUUUCUACGGGCAGAAGCCACCAAACACCAGAGCAAUAGUGCUCUUGGAGGAAUGUUACGGCACGAAGGAUCCUUUCUGCCCGGAGAGAGAGAAGUUCCUCGUUUUAGGAUCCAAGUGCUGUCUGUGCAGUAAGACGGUGUGUGUAGGAACGGAGUGCAGUCUGUUCUACACCAAACGCUUUUGUGUGCCAUGUGUGCGGGAUCAUCUUCAUCAGUUUCCAGAGCAGGUUCAGAAUGAGGUGCAGAGGAAGAAGAGCGUCCAGAAGGCGUCGUGUUCAGUUACGAACAGAGGACAGUAGUGAGCCUUCUGUCCAGACAGGGGAUAUACGUUUGUCUGUUUUGAUGGAAGUUGUGUUUUGUGACGAGUGUUUGUUCUAUAUGUCAACUAUGAAAGAAAUAAUGUUAAUUUGCAUGAUGAUAAAAUGAUAUAGAUGAGUUUUGAAGCUGUUGUUGGAGGAAUGCAGAAUUGAUGUGAACAUGGCCAAUAUAUACAUCACAUCAUAUAUGGAAAAAGUCAGUUGUAUGGUGUAGAUGUUAUCAUUGAAGGGAUAGUUCACUUAAAAAUGAAAAUGUGCUUUUACUCAACCUCAUGCACAAAAUAUCAGUUAAAGUAAUGUUGGAAAACCGAGUUGACGGCUCCCAUUGACUUCCAAGUAGAGAGUUACUCCAGUCGGUGCUGUCCAAUUCGAGGGUAACAUUUUAUUUGUGAUACACUAUCCCUUGAUAAAAGAUGGUGCCUGGCUUGAUUUAACAUUGCUAUGUAGAAAUAUGAGCCACUCUUUAGUGGAUUUUAUGCUGACCAAUAAGAAGCCAGUAUUGGAACUAUUCCUUUAUGGCUUUCAUUUUUGCCUUGGUUGAUACACAAUUUGAUACUUGCCAUUCUAAAGGCAUGUUCACAAAAAGAAGUGUUGAAAUAAACAGAUCUAUAUUGAUCAAAGAAUUGUGUCCACACAGCGUGCAGAAACAUUGUUUAUUCUGUUGUACCACUUGAAACGGUUCUAAAAGUAGCGUUCCUUGAUGAAACUGUGUGUUAUUGGUAUACGCUAACCUGUCACAUGAUUAGGUACACCUGCUUGUUAACUCAGAUCUAAUUAGCCAAUCACAGAGCAGCAUCUCAUGCAUUCGGGCCUUUAAAUGCCUCGCUGAAAUCAGAGGAGAAUUGCCAGACUGGCUGGAGCUGAUGGAGAGGCAACACAACAGUCGCUCAGCAGUCGCCUUGUUACAACUGAGGUCCAAGAUGUGAAGUUGCUGUUGAAAGCGGUCUAGCUGAGGAUGUUUUCCACACAGAACAGUGAGGUGAGACUGCAGUUUCAGGAGUUCCUCUCUCUGAGCGGACGUCAGCCGGAGCAGAGGCCGUUUCCUGGCGUGGUGCAGUCGGCUCUGUCUCAGCCCGCUUGCUCCGAGGUUUACAGGCAGGCAGCUCUAUCUGGACUGGGUGUAUGUAUCCCUCCCUCUCAGACUGCCUCAUUCAGUGGCUUUCGUGCUUGCUCCUCAAAAGAUGCGAGUAAGAUUGUCUCUUGCUGGCCCCACAAGACGUUGCAGGUGUUUAAAAGGAGCUCUCGAGAGAAACUUGUGGAGCUUCAGGCUCACGACGAAUCUGGGCUCUUUUGUAUCCGGCGGCUGUUAAGGCCAAAUGAAAGGUGUUUGACGUAGAGACAUCAGACCUGCCGCUGGAGAUGAAGACGAGUCGUCUGAGCACAAUUCAGUAUUGCCACGCAUGUCCCAACAGCAGCCCGCUGGCCGUCGCUCUCUCUCGUGACACUGUGGAGCCGUGGAACUUUGAAACCAGUAAAAAGGAAGCCGACCGCAACGGUCACCCGAGCCGGGUUCGUCGUGUCCGGUUUUCGCCCGACGGCUCACUGCUGCCGUCCUCUUCUGAGGAUCAGACCGAGAAAAACGGUCAAGUUCUCGGGUCACACUAGGACGGUGAAACCCUCAUCCCACGUGGAUCCGUGAAGACUCUACUGUGAUUUGAGAUCAGUGGAGGAAAGUACUCUUAAAAAAACUCACAACUAAGCCACCCAUGCAACAUCGUGGACUUUGUCUGAAAUGGCACUCUUGUGGACUUGCAUCGGCCACUGCAUGUGAUGUUUUUACUGUGACAAUCUGUGUUUGAGCGCAACUACUGUGAACGCUCGUUCACGGCCCAGUGUGGGAUGUGACCCGAUGCCUUAACGUGUCAAUGUGUGUGUAAAUGAUUAAAGAGUGUUUAUUUUUUUGUAGCUCUGUUUGUAUGCAUUUUGUAUUUGGAGAGGCUGACUAGUAAGGUGUAGCCCAGUAUGUGUAGGUUUCUGAGUCUUGCGAAAUGCAAUGUGGAAUGAUGUAUGUGGUGCAAUUGUAAAUGGCAUGUGUUGAUUUGAAUAUAAAGUGAAAGAUCACAAAA